CCGGAAGCCGGCGGCCGCGCGGCCCGGCGGGGGGCAGGGCGCAAGGGCAGAGGCUGAGGUGGGGUUCCGGGCUCGCCUGGCUGAGGGGCGUGAGAAGGCCCGGAGGCGAACUCGACGAGCAGACCUGCGCCCCGGUGAAGAUCGACCCGGCUACAAGUGGCCGGGAGCCGGCUCUCUGUGAAGAUGGCAGGGCCGGAGCUGCUGCUCGACUCCAACAUCCGCCUCUGGGUGGUCCUGCCUAUCGUUAUCAUCACCUUCUUCGUGGGCAUGAUUCGCCACUACGUGUCCAUCCUGCUGCAGAGCGACAAGAAGCUCACCCAGGAACAAGUCUCCGACAGUCAAGUCCUAAUUCGAAGCAGAGUCCUCAGGGAAAAUGGAAAAUACAUUCCCAAACAGUCUUUCCUGACACGAAAAUAUUACUUCAACAACCCAGAGGAUGGAUUUUUCAAAAAAACUAAAAGGAAGGUUGUUCCUCCUUCUCCUAUGACUGAUCCCACUAUGCUCACAGAUAUGAUGAAAGGCAAUGUCACAAAUGUCCUCCCUAUGAUUCUUAUUGGUGGAUGGAUCAACAUGACGUUUUCAGGCUUUGUCACAACCAAGGUCCCGUUUCCACUGACCCUCCGUUUUAAGCCUAUGCUACAGCAAGGAAUUGAACUACUCACAUUAGAUGCCUCCUGGGUGAGUUCUGCAUCCUGGUAUUUCCUCAAUGUCUUUGGGCUUCGGAGCAUUUACUCUCUGAUUUUGGGCCAAGAUAAUGCUGCUGACCAAUCACGGAUGAUGCAGGAACAGAUGACUGGAGCAGCCAUGGCCAUGCCUGCCGACACCAACAAAGCUUUUAAGACAGAGUGGGAAGCUUUGGAGCUGACGGAUCACCAGUGGGCACUAGAUGAUGUCGAAGAGGAGCUCAUGGCCAAAGACCUCCACUUCGAAGGCAUGUUCAAAAAGGAAUUACAGACCUCUAUUUUUUGAAGACCAAGCAGGGGUCAGCUGUGUCAGGAACUCGGAGUAGCGCUUAACCUUGUAACUUUUGUUUGACCUGGAGCCUCUCGGAAUAAAAAGGGGGAUGCGUGAGCUGGCGGGUGUGCAGCAAGGAUUGUUCUUGUCUGAGCCGGGUUCCCCUUUAUGUUUGAAACCAGAAGAAACAUGAGGAGUGUGUGCUGGGUGACUUGCCCAGAAACAACGAGUUUUGAAAUGUUUAAAGUUUUCCUUCUGGUGACUCUAGUAAUAAAAGUAAGACAGGGGGAGAAACUCAAGCUAGUGAUAAUAUAUAAAACUUAGCAAAAAUUCAGGAAUUUCAGAAAAAGUGUUGUCGAUUAAACCUAAUGAUUAUGUACAGUCACUCUGACUUCUAAACCAUAGUAAACGCCUGUUUUCUUGGGAUCCAAA